GAUGGUGACUCUGGGCGCGGAGGGUGGCUAUGGGAGAGCCCGCAGAUCGCAGCAGCGUGAAGGCGGGGAGCGCGGCGGGCGGCGGGCGGGGGCUGUUUCCCCGACCUCAGCACCCAGAGAAGCGGCUCAACCACCUGAACCCCGAAAACGCCAACAAGUAGUUUCUCCUUUGAGGAGGGCGGCUCAGCUGGCCACAGUGACUCCGUCCGACUGCAGGAAGAACCUCGUCCACACGGAGACCCAAGCAGAUCCACUUUUCUCCCGGUCUCCUUAAGUCAUGUCUGAGCCACAGAGAUGGGCAAGAUCGAGAACAACGAGAGGGUGAUCCUCAAUGUCGGAGGCACCAGGCACGAAACCUACCGCAGCACUCUCAAGACCCUUCCUGGAACUCGCCUGGCCCUUCUCGCCUCCUCUGAACCUCAGGGCGACUGCCUGACUGCUGCGGGUGACAAGCUGCAGCCGCUGCCCCCUCCGCUGUCUCCACCGCCGCGACCGCCUCCCUUGUCCCCUGUCCCCAGCGGCUGCUUCGAGGGCGGCGCAGGCAACUGCAGUUCGCACGGUGGCAAUGGCAGCGACCACCCUGGGGGAGGCCGCGAAUUCUUCUUCGAUCGCCACCCAGGAGUCUUCGCCUAUGUGCUCAACUACUACCGCACGGGCAAGCUGCACUGCCCCGCCGACGUGUGUGGACCGCUCUUCGAGGAAGAGCUGGCAUUCUGGGGCAUCGAUGAGACCGACGUGGAGCCCUGCUGCUGGAUGACCUACAGGCAGCACCGGGACGCGGAGGAGGCCCUGGAUAUCUUCGAGACACCCGACCUCAUCGGAGGCGACCCUGGUGAUGAUGAGGACCUAGGGGGCAAGAGACUGGGCAUUGAGGAUGCUGCGGGGCUGGGAGGACCCGAUGGCAAGUCUGGCCGCUGGAGGAAGCUGCAGCCUCGCAUGUGGGCUCUCUUUGAGGACCCCUAUUCAUCCAGAGCCGCUAGGUUUAUUGCUUUUGCUUCUCUGUUCUUCAUUUUGGUUUCCAUCACAACCUUUUGCCUGGAGACACACGAAGCUUUCAAUAUUGUUAAAAACAAGACAGAGCCAGUCAUCAACGGCACCAGCGCUGUUCUCCAGUAUGAAAUCGAAACGGAUCCUGCCUUGACAUAUGUGGAAGGAGUGUGUGUGGUGUGGUUUACUUUUGAAUUUUUAGUCCGUAUUGUUUUCUCGCCCAAUAAACUUGAGUUCAUCAAAAAUCUAUUGAACAUCAUUGACUUUGUGGCCAUCCUCCCCUUCUACUUAGAGGUGGGACUCAGCGGGCUGUCUUCCAAAGCGGCUAAAGAUGUGCUCGGCUUUCUCAGGGUGGUUAGGUUUGUGAGGAUCCUGAGAAUCUUCAAGCUUACCCGCCAUUUCGUAGGUCUGAGAGUGCUCGGACACACUCUUCGUGCGAGCACCAAUGAAUUUUUGUUGCUGAUCAUCUUUCUGGCUCUGGGAGUUUUGAUAUUCGCUACGAUGAUCUACUACGCUGAGCGAGUAGGGGCUCAACCUAAUGAUCCCUCAGCGAGUGAGCACACACAGUUCAAAAACAUCCCCAUUGGUUUCUGGUGGGCUGUGGUGACCAUGACUACCUUAGGCUAUGGGGAUAUGUACCCCCAAACAUGGUCAGGGAUGUUGGUGGGGGCCUUGUGUGCUCUGGCUGGAGUGCUGACCAUAGCUAUGCCUGUGCCCGUCAUUGUCAACAAUUUUGGGAUGUACUACUCCUUGGCAAUGGCGAAGCAGAAACUUCCAAGAAAAAGAAAGAAGCACAUUCCUCCUGCCCCUCUGGCAAGCUCACCUACAUUUUGCAAGACAGAAUUAAACAUGGCUUGUAACAGUACCCAGAGUGACACAUGUCUGGGCAAAGAAAACCGGCUUCUGGAACAUAACAGAUCAGUGUUAUCAGGUGACGACAGUACAGGAAGUGAGCCGCCAUUAUCACCUCCGGAAAGGCUCCCCAUCAGACGCUCUAGUACCAGAGACAAAAACAGAAGAGGGGAAACAUGUUUCCUGUUGACGACAGGUGAUUACACGUGCGCUUCUGAUGGAGGAAUCAGGAAAGCAAGCACACUAGAGCCCAUGGAGAGUACUUCACAGACUAAAGGAGACACGAGACCAGAAGCUCACUGGAAUUGUGCGCAUUUACUCAAUUUUGGCUGUCCUACGGGAAGUUCAUUUCCCACCCUCUAAGUGUUCGGUGGAACUGCCAAACGUUUAUUUCCAAAGCUGUGUGGUGAUAGGACUCCAUUUUCAUUCCCGUGUCUUGCUCUCCACGUUACGUCACGCUUUGUAUGAGACGCGCCCCCAGCUCAUCCAGCUGCCUCUAAUAGUCUACUGAAAAUGCGUAUGACUGCCUUCAAAGGUCACAGGAUGGGGUCCUGGUUGGAGUGGUUAGGGAAAUCCACCAAGCUCGUGUUCCUGAGAAGCUGUUUGAUUAUCUAAGUACACGGCUACCACCAACAAUAGAUUAGGUUGAGAAUUAUUGGUUAAAACAAAAUUGACCUUAGUUCGUGGAGGGAGAGGGAAAGAGAGGAAGUCAUCUGCAUACAUCAAAUUCAGAUCUAUUUCGCUAAAAUUAUGACUCGGUUUACAUUCCAUUGGCUUCCUUUUUAUUUAAUUUAAUUUUAUUACCUAAGGGAUUGGUAAUGUGCUUUCCAUCCUGAAUCACGUGGAUAAUGGCACCCAAUGCCAUUAUUCUAUGAAUCACUCUUUUAAACUAACUAGUAAACCUUAAAAAUACAUGUUGGAAACAAGUGCACACUGUAGGUUAAGCAUGCUUCAUUAAUUAAUCAUACUAAAAUUUAAAAGAAUGUAUCUCCUAUAUUUUUAAUUUUUUAGAAACAUGUCCUGAAAAUUUAAAAGUGUUUAGUCUGUAAACUUACUUAAGGGUUUUUUUUUUUUUUGGCCUAAUUUUCAAAAGUUCUUGUAGUCUCUAUGCCAAAAUCAUGUCAGUACUAAUUAUGAUCGAGCAUAAAUAUGUUUUGAAAGACUGUAGCUAUAAUUUGUUAUAGCUGGUUUAAUUUUUUUCAGAAUGUGUGAAUUGUGUCAAUAUUGAAUUCUUUACAAAUGGUUUUAGCUAAAAAAAUUAGCACGUUGGGUUACCCUGCACAGUAUUGUUUGUCUCUGUCUAUACUGGUUGAACUCAACUGAUGUCUAUGCAUUUUUUCAUGAAAGGAUAUGAAAAAUCCCGAAGCUUAAACAACAUAGCGGGCUUGGCAGGCAAUGCUCUGAGACUCUCUCCAGUAACAUCCCCCUACAACUCUCCGUGUCCUCUGAGGCGCUCUCGGUCUCCCAUCCCAUCUAUCUUGUAAACCAAACUGCACCAAUCGGCUAAAUUCUAUCACUACAACUCCUGUCCACCCUGUACUGGAAACAAUUAACUAUAGAGUUUCUCCAGGCUCCAUUAAGAACAGUGUAGAUCCUGCAUGACAUUACUAUUCGAAGUCAGAAAUGCUACUCGAGUAGCUAGAACAUCUUUUCCUGGCUUUAAAGAUGGCCUAAAGUAGUGCUGCUACUCAGUAAGAGUUGCCCAAUUUCCUUUCGCUAUACGGUGACCAAUAGCGUCAGAUAUUGGCCAGUGCACGAAUGCAUAAGCAAAUCUUCAGGGAGAUAUUCUUUAAUAGUGUGCUUCUAAAUGCCAACCACUUCACUGGACCUUCCUUUCUUGUGACUGACUCCAACCCAUUCUGAAGAUGUCUGGGAUCCUAUCUAGAUCGUAUAAACCAUGACUUUGGUCAGCUCGUUUGCAUGGACCAUCUUGCCUGUAUCACCUGAAUACAGUGUGUAGCGUCCUGGUACCGGAUGGCUCGGGGACACAUAUACUCACUUCAAACCAUCCUGCAAAUGUGAACGCGCUGGGAGCCUGUUCUGCAUGUGGAAUUGUGGGGCAGGGAGGGGUGCCCUUCUCCUUGCUAUCCCCCACCCAUUCUUUGAUAGAAGUAUUUACUUUAAAUACCUUAAUUUCUCGAUUGAUUUAUUUUUCUUAAAAAACAAAAACAAAAACAAAAACAAAUGUUGUAUUGGUGUUCUGAAUGUUUUUGGUUGUUUGUAUACACAGAUAACUGCAAAGAUGUUGUCAUUACUGGUUACACGCAAGCCGAGGCCAGAUCUCUUACUUAAUGACUUGGGAAAGGCACAAAACAUGAAAGAAAGGUAACGGCUAACCAGGCUUGCAUUGCUUAGCCAAGAAUUGCUGCUUGGUACUAGAGCCAUUUCCCCCCUUAUAAGUCCUAGAAUUUGUCAUUACUUUUAGACGUAAAGUGCCAAAUAUUACCCAAAGCUUUUGUCUAUUUUUUUUGCCUCUUUGUUUUUUAUUUAUUAUUUUGUGUGAACAUUAAAAGUUAUUGGUGUUCACUGGAGGCUUUUUUGACUAGCCUUAAAAUUUGCCUCAAAGGACUAACCAGAUUCUUCAGGCUGUGUUGAAUCAGGUGCUUCGUCCCGUGUGUUGUCACCAUCUGUCUGUCUUAGUUCCCUGUCUUAAUUGUAUAAGCUAUCUGUCUCCAUAGAGGGUAGAUGUGCCCUGAUCGUCUCUUUAAACUUAGUACCGAUCUCCCUACCUCCUGCCCAUGUCUUCUUUGCUACUUGGAGCAGCCUCUCUGCUUUGUGUAUAAAACUAAUGAUGCUCUGUAGACUACCUAAAUUAAUAGGCACUGUGAAUUUUUUUUUUCAUGAGCAGGACCGAAGCAGCGAUUUCACCAUAGUUCUCUGUUGCCUAAUGCAUUGCUGGUUUCUAUUCUAGGAAUCAGCAUUCUUUCAGGAAACAUCUCUAGGGAAUCCGUUUUUUUUUUUUUAAUCUGAAGGGAAGAUAGUCUGUUUACACAUCCCUACCAAAUGCCAUAGCAAUAGUAUAUCUGAUAUUUUGGAUAUGAGAGGGAAGGAAAAUGCCAUAAUACAGUUGCAGAAUAGACUAUUACUUUCAAGUAGAAUAGACUGAUGCUUAAGAGUGUUGACGAAUUCCUAAUUCCCAUGUUUAUUUUUGAUAGAAAGGCAGUUGCUACUUUUGUUAUUGGAAAAAGACAUGUGUUAAUCUCCAUUCCCAAGCCCUAGAGCAUGAGCUGCAUGUCAGAAAUUUGUACAGCAAUGCAUUUACCCAGACGUAAAUAUUUGAAAUUUAGAGAUACCGUGAAUCUUUUGAUAACACCAUUUAUAGAAUGCUGUAAAUACCCAGAGAUUUACGGUAAGGAAUUAAUAUGCUGUCUGGUGCUGCUGUUAUUGACUGCAGUGUUGUACAGAAUUUAUCAUGGAUUUUUGCCUGCUGAAAAUGGGACAUUGAGAUUUAGCCAUUCCAAGGAUUGUACUGGAAACUUCUGCUACUGAAUGUGACCGGAUGUGACCGGUUUGUGUUCAGAAGAGUUCCCGCAUUCUCUGAGGCAUUUAAAGCUUGUAAAGAAAUGGUGGCUGGAACUGAAAUGGUGUUUGCCAAGGAAAUAUUCUGCUUGUCGACAGACCAGAGUCCACAAAACAACUGUAAAUACCAACGUGUGCAUGGGUCCACCCUUCUCACAGUCUCAUAGCACAGGGAGCCACAUUCAUUGUCAGCAUCUGUGAAGCUUCAAGAAAUGCCCACAAGGCUCUGAAUGGCUCCUCUCGGGCUCAUGGUGGUUUUGCUGCAAAUUACAGAGGGCAGUGAAUCCAAUGUAGUAUAGGUCUGUUUUCAUUUCUUUUAUUUGUACAUUACGUGUUGUAUCUACAAACACCGAUUGCCUCAUUUUCUUGCAAACCACUUAUAUAUCCGCUUGUGAACUAUGUUGUAAACUUUUAGUGUCUACAUAGAAAUCUAACCAUUUCUUAGUCAUGUAUUCAUUUAGUUCUGGAACGCUGUUACUAUCUAGAAGACAGUCAUCACCAGUAUUCAUAGUUUAAGUCUUUUGUCAUUGUUACCUCAAUUAUAAAUAUUAAAAAUAUAAAUUCUGGCAAUGAGAAUAUUUUUUUAUUAAAUGAUCAAGGAAAAUGUCAGUAUAUAGUAGAAUAUUAUCAAAUUAUAUCCUAAAAUGUCUAUUUUGCAUAAAAGAGAUAUUCUUCAAUCGAUUCCUUUUUUUCGUGAGCUUUGUGGCUAAUGAAGCGUGUGUUUGUCUUCAUCACUGCUGUAGUUGAAACUGUGUAAGAGUUUUUCAUCUUGCUUAAUCAAUAUUUCCAGAAUCUAUUAGUUCCCCUGGGAUUCUGAAUAUACUCUAUAGCCUAAUUAUAAACCCCUGUAUCGUGUACCUUUUGUGACCAUCUCAAGGUGCAUGCCUAAUCGUUGUGAUAAGCCAAUGGACAUGUUACUAACUGAAAUGAAGAAUAAAAGUCAAACGAUCUGGGGAUAAACUUGAAUCCUAUCUGAUUAAAUGAUUCCUACCCUU